AUGUCCCUCUCAAGCUGCCAGACGACUCGUCAGCGGCAAAUUACAUCCGGCUGCUUCCUGUUGGUGUGUUUCCUGGUCGUUUUUUUUACAUACUACAAGCCAGAAAUCGAGUACCCGGAUUUUCGUGAUUAUCUGAAGAGAGGCAAUCAUUCUUGUGAGUGCCCUCAGCACGUGGAAGCACCUACCGAUGGACCCCAGCAGAUCCAGGACGUGGAGGUGGACGCUGAGCCUGAUACUCUUCUCUUGAUUUGGACGUGGCCAUUUGGCUCCAAAUUUGAUCUCAGCUGCGAUAAGUUCAAAUAUAAAGGAUGCCGCUUGACCGAUGACAAGUCUCUUUACCACGAAGCCAACGGGGUUUUCAUCCACCACAGGGACAUUCAUGGAAAUCUGGGAAACUUGCCGAGAGAGCCACGUCCCUGGUUUCAGAAAUGGGUUUGGAUGAACAUGGAGUCACCUUCAAACUGUGGAAAAUUAUCUGGACUUGAUAACUUGUUCAACUUGACAUCCUGUUAUCGCUCAGAUUCACAUAUCCCAGUGCCUUAUGGGCAUUUGGUGCCACAAACAUCUGAGGUUGAGAGUUUCCAGCUGCCCACCAAGGACAAGUUGGUCUGUUGGAUCGUGAGGAACUGGCGUUGGGGGCUCAAAAGAAUUCAGUACUACAACAUACUGAAAAAACACAUCCAGAUAGACACUUAUGGGGGGGCUUUUGGCAAAAAUUUAGAUGCUCAAAACUAUGAAAACAUUCUAUCCAGUUGUAAAUUCUACCUCUCAUUUGAAAACUCUCAACACAAAGAUUAUAUCACAGAGAAGUUAUUUUAUCCCAUGAGACUGGGAACUGUACCCGUAGUUCUGGGCCCUAUGAGAGAAAACUACGAGGAUUAUGUCCCAGGAGACUCUUUCAUUCAUGUAGAUGACUUUUCCACUCCAAAGGAGCUGGCAGAGAGGCUUCUUCACCUAGGCCAGGAUACGACGGAAUACAUGAGAUUCUUUGACUGGAAAAAGAGGUACAAAGUGGUAGAUACACAGUUCGGCAGAGACCAUGCCUGCAAAGCUUGUCGUUACUUACAAGAAAACAGAGGAUACCAGGCUAGUCAUUCUCUUACAAAGUGGUUCUGGAGUCAAUAGCACUAAAUGUAAGAGCAUUGAUCAAAUUAUCAUUUAGUUUGGUUCAAGGAAACUUCUUUGGUUAAGGAAUCAUAAUAUUAACUGGAAUCCAACCAGGACCCAGUAUU